GGCGCUCUCUCCUUCUCCUCCUCCCCUUUUUGGUGCAUUUUAGAUUGCAGAGUUGCAAGGCUGCAGCACAACUGGAGAAAGCUGCAGCUAAGAAUUGAAACAUGGAGGAACAAGACCUGGCUGGACUCAAGCAAGCUGGGGAAAGAUUGGAAGAAAGAGGACGAGGCCGUGAGGCUGUCCCGGUGGACGCUACCCCAAAAUGUGUGAGUAAAGCUACUUCGCAGCCAGUUAAACAAGAAUCAGAGGAGAGGCUGCAACCGGGCUGGGAAGCCCCCUGGUCUGAGUUCCAGAAUCCACCACAGUCCAAUUCUUCAAGCUGGAAAAAUGCACAGCCUCCGUCACAACGGGGUGGAAAAGAAUUCCCAGUCUCCUCAAAAAGAGGCCCCGAUCUACGGUCAAGAAAGAAGCAUGUAUCCCAAGCCGCGACAGGCCUCAGGGACGAAACCCGUGAGGCCGAUGGAAGCCUAGACUUUUCUAUGGAAGUGAAGGAAGAAGUCCCAGAUGAGGAGUCCCCGGAUUUGGAGCUGAGGCGCCAGCGGUUCAGGCAGUUCUGCUACCAGGAGGCGGAAGGGCCGCGAAAGGCCUUUGGCCAGCUUUGGGAGCUUUGCCAUCAGUGGCUGGAGCCAGAAAGACACACCAAGGAGCAGAUCCUGGAGCUUCUGAUCCUGGAGCAGUUCCUAACCAUCCUGCCUCCAGCCAUGCAGAGCUGGGUCCGGGAAGGUGGUCCUGAGUCCUGUUUGGAGGCAGUGGCCCUGGCAGAGGACUUCUUAACCAGGCCAACCGUUGCUGGAAGAUGCCAGCCAAGUGGCCCCAGGAAAGCUGGGGAAAGGGAGAGGGGCCAGCUCCCUUGGAAGCUCCCAGGGCCUUCAGAAGAAGUAGCCACCAAUUCGCCAGUGUUAGAGCAGGACCCUUCAGAUAACCUGGUGAAACUGCCUUUAGCCGCAGCUGAGAAGACAGGGGGAAAUACAGAAGCCACCUUGCUGGGCAGCGAUGAAAUGAAGAUGAAUGAGGAGAGAAAACGCCACCUUAAAAGGCUGGAGACGGUGGAGCUCAAGGAGACGCUGUUGGGAAAAGCCAAAGGAAAUCCCUGCUCAUUUCAGGCUGAGGAAGUGGCAGUGAUAGGGUGUCAGCCCGAAUCACAAAGUUUCCUGGAAAACAAUCCUGAGAUGGAGACAGAAACGGCCUUGCCUUGCCAAAAAGGUCCUGGACGUGCCGCGGACGAAGCGAUCGGGCAGCGUAAAGCCAAAAAGAUCUGCACCGAGUGCGGAAACCUGUGCGAGGUCUUUGACUUGCCCACUGAUCGGAAAGCAGAAGCGGAAGAAGAGUUUUACAUCUGCCCCAGGUGUGGGAAAACUUUUAAGAAUGGAACAUCCCUCGUCCCGCCGCCGGGCCCUGCGGCUGCUGCGAAACCUUAUUCCUGUUCUGAGUGCGGGAAAAGCUUCGGCACCAAGGCUUCCCUCCUGAAGCACAAGGGGACCCAUUCGGGAGAGAAGCCCUACGUGUGCUCUGAGUGUGGGAAGUGCUUCACCACCAGCUCCAACUUGAUCUACCACAACAUCGUCCACACCGGGGAGAAACCUCACAAGUGCUCCGACUGUGGCAAAAGCUUCCACUGGAAAUCCUCCCUGAUCACCCACGAGAGGACCCACACGGGGGAGAAACCAUACGCCUGCCCCGAGUGCGGGAAGAGCUUUGGCAACAGCUCCCAGCUCCUGCGCCACAAGCGGGUGCACACGGGCGAGAAGCCCUACCACUGCUUGGAGUGCGGCCGCAGCUUCAACCAGAUUGCUUCCCUCAUCGCCCACAAGAGAAUCCAUACGGGAGAGAAACCGUACGAAUGCUCCGAGUGCGGGAAAGGCUUCGGGACCAGGACAAACCUGAUGAUGCACAAGAGGGUCCACACCGGAGAGAGGCCGUACAAGUGCUCUUACUGUGGGCAGAGCUUCAGCCAGAGGACGCACCUGAUCAUCCACGAACGGACCCACACGGGGGAGAAGCCCUACACCUGCAACGAGUGCGGGAAGAGCUUCAACGCUAAAGCGCCGCUCAUUACUCACAGGCGGACUCACACGGGAGAGAACCUUUACCAGUGCUUCCAGUGUGGGAAAAGCUUCAGCACCAGCUCAAACCUCCUCAACCACAACAUCAUCCACACGGGGGAAAAGCCGCACAAGUGCUCGGACUGCGGGAAGUGCUUCAAUCGGAAAUCGUCGCUCAUUACGCACCAGCGGACCCACACGGGGGAGAAGCCCUACGGGUGCUUCGAAUGUGGGAAACGGUUCAUUUCUAGCUCGGACCUCACGAAACAUAAGAAAGUGCACCGAGGGAAACGUGCGGAGUCGGCCGAAACGUUUUACAGCCCGGUGCUUGCAGGGCCAGGAAGCAUACAGCCAGGAGGGCAGCCGUGUUAGGAUCAAGAAGUGACAUUGGCAGGCCUUGUUUUGUAAAUAUGGGGCUGCCCCAGACAUGUAUAAUUUGGGGGACAGAGGUUCUGAUUCCGAGAGCAAAAGGGGAGGAGCAGAUGGGGGCUUGACAUUCUCUCCUCCUCACAGCUCGUACAAAUACACAUUUUGGCGUUUCUUUUCCCAACCUGGAAAAAAGUGUCAGGGAGACUAUAGACUGUAGGAAGGUAGGAAUGGGGUUCAAGACCUUAUCUGGCCGUAUGAAGGAGUUUAUAAACCUGGGGUUAGCAACUUAGGGCCCACCAGAAGUUAAACUGGAACUCCCUUCAGUCUUAGGGAGCAUAGCCAGUCAUGAAGGAUAAUAGGAAUUGUAGUCUAGCAGCAUCUGGAGCCGUGGUUCCCCACCUUGGGUCACCCAGGUGUUCUU